GGGGGGGGGGGAUUUCUGAUAGUUGGUAAGAGUUUUGGGGUCUGUGGGAUUUGUGGGACCUUUUGCAUUAAUGGUUGUACCUCAGUCAAUGCAGUAUAAUAAUGUGUUCAUGGAAUACCAUGGUAUUUUACUUGGAAAUGGAAAUAAAUAGAAAAUAUCACCUGGGCUCUGUACAGUGUUCUUUGGUGGUUGGAAUUUCGUCUUCAGAGCAGUAAAAUUAAGUAGUAAGGUUUUUGCUUUAUUUGAGCAAUAGUAAAAGGAAUUCUUCUGGUAUUUUGUAUUUCCUUGGUUCAAGGAGUAAUCAUUGACUAAUUUUGGCUCAUAUUCGUACAACAGAAGAGUAAAGUUUUUUCAUUUUUUUGCUCUCCAUAUUUAUUUUGUUUUCUUCGGGUGUUUAAAUUGGUUUUUUCUGCAUCAUAGAAUAAAGAUAGUCUCUAUAGUUGUGUCUUUUCAGGCUGAUGUUGAUUGAUGUAAUAUGAUCACCCAAUUGGGUCAAACCUUUCUCACCUUUCCUCUUGCUCUGUCUGAGUGGUAGCAUUCGUUCCAUUUUGUGGAUGACUAAGACAACAUGUGGUUGUGGAACUCAUUUCGCCAAUUAGUCAUCUUUCCCUUUUUCCCCCUUUAUCAUUUUUGUUAUUAGUCUUGAGAAAACUAAUGGCAAACUGUAGUUUAAUGACCUUUUCCUUUUUCGGUAAUAAGUAAUUUUUAAUGACCCUCUUGUUACAUUCCUUGCAAAAAAAAAAAAAAAAAUCCUCUUAUCAUUCUUUGACAAUUUUGUCGGCAUAAUUAUUCCUAUUUAUAUGUUGAUUGAACUUCAAUUAUGGAAAUAGUCAGAAAAUGAUUUUUGUAAUGUUAAUUUUGUCAGUCAUUAAGGCAAUUUAUCAUAUUAUUAUCCACUUCGGACAAAGUACAGUGACUGCUGUAGUUUGUCGUGGUACUAAAUAUAUUAGAGUACGGUUCUAAGUACUAUGUGAAGGGAGCCUUAUCUCAGUGGUAAGAGCUGUUGUCAUUUGACGUCACAGUGUUGAGUUGUGGUAAUAGUCUCUAAAAGAAAUAACGGUUGGGCUUCGUGCCUUAAUGGCCGGAGGCUUUCUUAGUCAUGCAAAAUUGGGAUUUUAUGAUAACGGCCCGAGCCUUCCCUUUCAUGCAAAAUUGGGAUUUUAUGAUCGAAUAGUCUUAUACAUCAAAUCUAUUAGAAGCAUGCAGGACUUUCCAUGCACCGGACUGCAUUUUAGUAAGAAGUGUCACUCAUGACUGCAUAAGGGCCAAUACAUAUAACAUAUUCCCAUUGUAGGAGUGCAAGUAGAAAUAUGUAUGUAAGAACUCGGUAUUACUAUUUGGUUCAGUGUCGGCAGUGAUAUGAAGUAAAUGAUUUUGAUAGAAGAUCUAAUAGUGUAUUAUUGGUUGAAUAGAUUGGUAUCUGUUCAGAUCUUCCUCUAGUUUUGUAUUUUCUUGCCCUUGCGAACUGGUCAAUAUUUAGCAGAUUACGUAAGAUUCCUUUCUAUAGACGGGCUAUGUGUAACAAAAGCUGCGGUUUUUUUUUUUUUGGUUGGGUACUUUGGCCGUUUUGCGUAUCCAAUUUCUGGAAAUUUGGUUAGUAGCAACUUCAAUACAAAAACUAACUCUGAUUUGGAUUCCCAUUAAAAAAAAAAAUUCUGUAUGAAAUACUUAUAAGUUUUCUUUCACGCAGGAAAUUUGCUCUCUAAAUAAAUUUUCUUCAAAUAUUUUAUUGGCUUGAUAAUAUGUAAAAUCAAAAUGCCUGGCAGAUCAAAUAGUUAUGCGACAGCAUUUCUCUUUACUAUUGAAUUUGGGUAUGCUAGUAUUCUGACUGCUUUUAUUGUCUUUUGUUUUGCAUCUUGUGGACAUUUAAAGAUUGUGCACACACAGCUUCUUACUACAUUUGUUGUAUAUAAGUAGCGGCAUCCUCCUCGGGCUUUCUCGUUGUUGCAUUUUUCUUGACUUUGCGGUUAAUUCAUUUUUGAAAACAUAAUGUUGAAUGAAGAGUUAGUAUUGUUCUUCUAACCAGUUGUUUGUUACAGAGGCAACACCAAAGACGAUUAUGAGAACAAUGGGAGUGAAAGGCCUGACACUGUAUCAUUUGAAGUCGCAUCUUCAGAAAUACCGUUUAGGAAAGCAAGCUUGCAAGGAAACAACUGAGAACUCUAAAGAUGCUUCUUGCGUAGCCGAGAGUCAGGAUACUGGUUCAUCUACAUGUGCUUCGUCAAGAGUGGCUGCUCAAGAUAUAAAUGAUGGCUACCAGGUUACGGAGGCUUUGCGUGUGCAGAUGGAAGUUCAGAGAAGACUGCAUGAACAGCUUGAGGUCCAGCGACAUCUUCAGAUUCGCAUUGAAGCUCAGGGAAAAUACCUGCAGUCAAUUCUUGAGAAAGCAUGUAAAGCUCUAGAAGACCAAGCUGGGUUAGAAGCAGCUCAGGAGGAGCUCUCUGAACUUGCAAUUAAGGUUGCUAGUGACUGUCGAGGGAUAACCUCUGUUCAUCCACCUUUGACUGAAGUUGCUGCCUGUAUGGAAAACAGAAAUCUGCAAAAUAUGCCUGCUCGAUUUGGUGAUUGCUCGAUUGACAGCUGUUUGACAUCAACUGAAAGUCCCGUAUCUCCCUUAGGGGAUGGUUCACAAACUGCUGCAUUUAAGAAAAGGGGCCGACCCAUGUUUGGCAAUGGAGAGUCUCUCCCUUUGGAAACUUCCAUGCGGCAAGUGGAAUGGAUGAUGACUAACAAUGGUUGACAACUUAAACUUAUCCGCUUCAGAGAUGGAGAUGCUUUUUUACUGGGGAAACUUCUUUUAUCCUUCUUUUUAGAUGUUAUUGAUCUCAACAAUCACCCAUUGUUGCAACAGUCCUUGGCUGCCUUUUGUACAUUACCUAGGAAGAUUAAUUUCAGAGUAAUUGUUGAUUUGGUAGGGACCUCCUCCUGUAUUCUGACUUUAUUGACCAACUGACCUAAACUGACAUACCUUUGCUGUUCCUUUUAAAGACUCCAAAAUUCAUGAAUCACAACCCAUCUCCAGAGUGUGUAAAGAGGUAGAUUUUGUGUUGGACUUGUCUGGAAAAUAGAUUUUGUGUUUUGCUAAGAAUGCACUAGUUGUGCUCGAUUAAUGAAAUGUUAUGGUUUUGUUCACAAGUACCUCAAGUGCAUUGGUCUUAAUCUUGAUGGAAUUUUGUCAUUAUUCCAG